CUUGAGCUCAAUUUGGCUGUUUGUACGUCCGUAGUGUAAGCAAAUCACUGCACGCUAGUCGAAGCGACGACCUCAUUCGGAAACAACGCAAAUACAAUGUUAUUAUAAUAUCAACAACAGAGAGCAACUUCUGUAAAGUUGAAGAAGAAACUCCCAACUCAAGCUUCGUUGAGUGUGAGUGAGUCAGACAGACUACGGUGUAUCAAACUUUCUUCGUGUUCUCAAGACAAGAUGGGCGACGUUGACUUCUGGUGAAGAGCCUGGUAUCGUCUGCGAGCGAAGUCACCCUCCGUCAUCUUUGUUAUCUGACCUCCCGCCGCGAGGAGUCGCAGGGAGCCGGGAUCUCCGUGAACAGAUACCCUUGUGGACCGCGCCGGGACGCACAGCUAGAAGUAUCCAGGUCUGUUCUGCCCGGAACUACUUCACAGGCCCAGAAGGGAUAUUUUGUCGGCUAUUGUGACAAUAUUGGUGUAUGGAGAGGAAGGACAUUUGAGAAACACUUCAUCAGGAGGCAACCGCGGAAGCAGAUCUUCGAGCAGAUUUCUUUGUUCCUCUUCCCGGCUGAGGAUGCAUCAUUAUUCGUGACAGAUCGGCGAAACCUUUCAGCACCACUGACAAACAGACUUGCUCAGCCGGGGUGGUCACCUUGGUAGAGUGCUCACCCUGAGAUGGAGACCUUGUGCAUGUCGUCGCCCCUUGAGGCCUUUGUGUCCCGUGCCGCUGACAGAGCCACGUCGUGUGUGAGUUACGGGAAAAGGACCCAUACGCAAGACGACGUACUUGAAGCAGAUGUGUCGCCUUUCAAAAAGGCGUGUGUGGAUGGCGGGUUCGGGAGCAUACCCCUUACCUCACCGUCAUCAAUUUCAUCCUUGUCAUCUUCGUCGUCGUCUAUAUCGUCAUCGUCAUCGGACUUCGCAGCAGGUGAUGUGAAGGUGAAGCGAGAGGCUGCAGAGAUUCCAUCACGUGACGAACUAUUUGCCGGAGGCAGACUCGUGACCUGUGACGUAGACAACAGCUUGAUGACCAACAGAGAUGUGGCGCUUAGAGAAGCGAGACUGGGACUUCAUAGUCACACAGCUGAUGAUAUCGAACGUGCGUCGUUUCCAAGAGAUCUCAUUGUUUCAGAGUCCGGUAAAUCUGCCGACUUUCUGACAGACCGUUGUGUGGGGAGUCCUGGUCGUGAAGGUACUGCGAAAGGCGGGAAUCAGAGCCCUACGUCUGACGUCACAGAAUGUCCAGCAGCCUGGUCACCGACUCGUGGCUCUAGAAGUGAGCAUUGCUGCCAGGGUUUGAGCGUCACGCAUGUAAGUCGGAAAGCUGUGAGUGAUGGGGUAGUGAGGUGUGAGGCCCCGUCUUCAAUUGAGGCGUUACCGGAUGAUCGAGAGACAAGACCAUGUCUUCUUGGCCAUAGAAAAGGGGAAUCCCCAAUCCGGCUUGCUAGAGAAUGGGAAUCCCCGCUCCGGCUUACUAGAGAAGGGGAAUCCCCACUCUCGGGUCUCAGGGAGAGGAAAUCCCCAAUUUUGGCUAGGUCGGUUAGCAGUCAGAACAACAAUAACGCUUCUCCUGGCCCAGUUGUCGGUGAAGAUCUUGUGAGCUCCGGAGUUCUUCGAGGACAGGAAAAGACGCCGAACGGAGAGCGAGAGCAGGAAAGACUAUCUGUACAGAGUGAAGAUGGGAAUGAAUGCGAUAGAAAGGAAGGGUCGGUUCUGAAGGAGGAAGAGUCUGAUCUGAAAGGGGAGGAGUCAGCGGUUGAGGAGAUCAAGUCCCCCGGCUCAUGUUAUGUCGACAUCGAGGCGGACACGCCCCCGAGUUCCCCUCUAAAUCUGAGCACAGCAAACGGGGACGGGGCUUGUGCCUGUCGGCCUGGUGACGUCAGCAGUGAUAACUUGUCGAACCACGCCUCUAACCACGCCCUCUGCACACUUUCACACGGCAAAUACGAGUUCAAGGAAGCGACUGACGAAAGCAAAACAAGUGAUAAUGUUGAAAAUUGUGACUCGAAACGUAAUAGUCCCAGAAAAAAUAUCCCAGAGAGAAAGACAAACUUUUCCAUCGACGCCAUUUUGAGACCGGACUUCGGAGUUGCACAAUCCUGCCACUCAGACUCCGACACUCCACCUGAUGACAGGGAAGGCAGCACAAGCCCCGCCCACACACAGAUCUCGACCAAUCACAAUCUGGUCAGGUCGUCCAACUCCGCCUUUACCGCCGUCGAUCUUCGUACAACACGGGCUCGCGCGGGCUCCUCCUCCCCUCCGUCAUCGUCCCCUCUCUCCUCCUCCUCCCCCUCCCCUCCCCUCUCAUCGCACUCCCCACACUCCCCUAUCUCCUCGUACGAUACCAUUCCCAGCAAGCUAGACAGGACAGCCGUACUCGGCCAAGAGAACUUUCUCUUCCCUUCGUCUAUGUACCCAAACACAGACAUAGAAAAACUGGUGGUUCGACAGUUCCCCUUUGUAAACCUCCACCCGACAACUGAUUCUCUCAACCACUUCCCUUUCAUCUACACGAACCCAACCCUGGCUCUCAGACAACACAACAUCUUCCCCAGAAAAGACUUCCUGAAACAUCUGUAUCAUUCGCAAGCACCGCCACCCCCACCACAACCACCAGCAACAACAGCAGCAGCAGCAGCAGCAGCAGCAGCAGCUAAACUGGCUGCGACUGAGCACAUCGUGCCACGCUUAGACUCUGUUUUAACGCCAAACCGGGUUCAUCAUCAUCUUCAUCAGCACACACAAAACUCUCCCCACCCUAUUGUCCAGUUAAGCAAAGUCGCCAAAGAACAAAUCUCUCCUCAUCCGGUAAACCACCACCACCACAACAACAACCACCACCUACAGCAUCCUCCCCCUCACCCUCUUCACAUGACCCAGAACACCACCAGAAAAGACACAACGAACAAAUCCCCACACCCACACAGCGGUAACGAGAAAGUCACCAAUCCCAAUCAGCAAACGAAGCCUAUUCUCAGCAGCGGGAAAAUCCACAGCGUUAACAAUAACAUCACGGUCACUCGUGAAAACAAAACUGAGCAUCAAAGUGAUCCCAAAUUAAUAAAAGACGCUAAAGUUGACGGAACGCCAAAGAAAAACCCGCCAAAAACCCCAGGUGUGCAGUCUCGUCCUGACUCACAAGCGGUACCCGUUCUGAAGCAGGAGAAGACAACUCCCGCCAGUCCCAGGGACCAGGACGGGAAGUCGUCGUCUGAUGAUGCGACGUCAGAGAAAAAGGGCGAGAACGCGUUAUGGCCGGCAUGGGUGUUCUGUACCAGGUACUCGGACCGACCUUCCUCAGGUGGUACCUGACGGAGAGCCGGCGGAAGUCCCUGGCCGUGGAGCUGGGCCUGUCCGAGUCUCAGAUCAAGAUCUGGUUCCAGAACAAGCGCGCCAAGAUCAAGAAGUCCACGGGGGUCCGGAACCAGCUGGCCCAACAGCUGAUGGAGCAGGGGCUCUACAACCACACCACGGUCAAGGUCGACGAGGACUCCAGUUGAGAGGUCAAGGUCAAGGUUCUUAAGGAAGUUCCGGGUGAAAGGUGAAAGUUGGAAAUCAACCACUCUAGUUGAAUGGGGGUGAGGGGUUAGUUAUCAAGUUUUACGAUGAGCUUAUGAUGUGCACUUUUAAGUUUAACAAUGAGUUUUGGCGAAACUCCAAGAUUAAUGAUGGAUAUUUGUGAAGGUUCAAGGUCUACAGUAAGCUUAGUGAAGGGUCAAGGUCAACGAUUAGCUUAUUUGAAAGUUUGUGGUUGACAAUGAGUCUUGGUGAAGGGUCAAAAUUGACGAUGUAGUUUAGGUGAAAAGCUUCUAUUUGAAAACUAACUACUCUCAGUUGGAUGGGAGUCAAGGUUAUUAUGCUAUGGCUACAUUAUGGUCACGGUCGACGAUAGGUCAUGAUGAAUGAUCAACAUUGACAAGUCCAGCCGAAGGUAAUCAAGUUUGAGUGCUGUUAUAGCUAACGAAGCAGGUUCAAAAACGUUUCUCAUUUGGGUUCAAAGGUCGACAAUUGGCAGGAUUGAUGUGCCAAGGUCGUUGCCCGGGAACACGACUUAUGUGGUCAUUUUAUGAGAUCGAGAACAGCGUCCUACGAAUAAGCGCUAUUGUCUGGACAAUUUAGUUUUCUGAGACUUCCUUG